AUGGCGCCCAGCCGUCCAACCGGCAAGGACAAAACUAAGAGCCCGGCUACCUUGCUAGCCGACUCCGAGACUCAGUACGAGGUUGGGAACCUUGAUGAGGCAAUUAUCCUCGCUUCUCAGGCCCUGGAGGCCACUGGCGAAGGAGGGGACUUUGAGCUGAGGACGCUCAAUCUUCUCGGUGUGCUGCACAUCGAAACCGGCGAUACUGAUGAGGCUCGCGCUUUCUUUGAAAAGGCCGUACGGUUGGAUGAGGACGGCACACUUGAGGAGAAGAUUGGUGGGGGUCCCGAGAAGUUCAUGUUUCUGGCUCAGCUCAGCGAGGAAGGUGGUCAGGACAGCGUCAAGUGGUUCGAGCGCGGUGCGUCUGCGCUGCGCCAGCAAAUCCAGAACCUGACGACCAUCACCAACAAAUCACCGGAGCAGCAGGCGGCACUGGAUGAGAAGCAGGAAAAGCUAGGUGGCGUCCUAUGCGCCGUAGCAGAGGUCUACAUGACCGACCUGUCAUGGGAGGAGGAUGCUGAGCAGAGAUGCGAGUCUCUUAUCACCGAGGCCAUGCUGAUUGCACCCACAUCGCCAGAGACGUGGCAGACCGUCGCCAAUGUUCGCAUAUCACAGGAGCGUGUGGAUGAGGCAAAGGAGGCUUUGAGAAGGAGUCUGGAGUUGUGGCAGGAUCUACCCCCAGAGCACCCUGCUGUUCCUGAGUUUCCCACCCGGAUCAGUCUAUCCCGACUACUUCUUGAGGUCGGAAUGGAGGAUGAAGCUUUGAGUGUGCUGCAACGUCUGACGACUGACGAUGAUCAGAGCGUCGAGGCAUGGUAUCUUGGAGGCUGGUGCCUCUUCAUCAUGGGAGAAAAGGCACGAGACGGCCAGGGUCAGUCCAAUGGCGACACUGAUGGAUGGAAAGAUGUUUGGAUUCUGUCUCGCAAAUGGCUUGCUCGGUGCCUCAAGUUAUAUGAGGUCCUUGAAUACGAGGACGAGAGAUUGGGCCAGCAUGCAGUGGAGCUCCGCCAAAAGAUCAAUGAUGUGCUUGGCGAGCCAGCCGAGGGUGAAGAGGAUGAUUGGGAUGAUGGUGAUGACGACGACGAAGAUGAUGAAGAUGCGGAGAUGGUGGGUUAA